GAUGACGGCUCCGGACGGACGGACGGACGGACCGUCCUAAGCAUGAAAACAACUGCACAUAAUCUAUUUUUAGUCAUCCAUUCUAUGUACUAUUAUAUUCUUUUCCUCUCGACACAGAUAUUACAACAUCAGAAAUGUGCUUCAGAACAAGAAAUCGUGGAUCUGAAAGCAUCACUUUGGGCAAUGGGGAGCACGGCUGUAACCCCACAAGGGCUUCAGCAGCUUAUGAACUUGUCUAAUGGUUUUUUGGAAGAUUCAGUUCCUGUACAUAUAGUGAGAUUGGCUAAAUAUUGUCCAGUUUACUCUGUACGAGCGACCGCUUUCUACGUACUUGGAUUGAUUGGAAGUACUUAUGAUGGUGCCAAUGUCCUGGCUGAUCUUGGCUGGUUAUGCGUCAGGCAUACGAGACACGACCAAUUUCCCGUUAUACCCGAAGAGAUAUAUACCGUCGUAUACGAUUCAAGCGGGCAUCAUUACGUGAUGUCGCCAGAUCGCCGUAUAAACUAUGACGCUGAUAUCAGCGAACAUUCAGACCAUACCGACCAAAGUACGGCGGAAAGUCUCCAUUCGGACAUAACGAAACAUUUAAAUAAAGUCGGCAAUAUAUUAUCGGAAGAAGUGAAAGAUCAGGAUGUGGUGGAUCACAAAGCAAACUUUACGGAUGGCCGGAGGGAGGACAAGAGGAAAUCGCAUACAUUACCUUCGCAAGGCUGUAGUAGUUCGCACGACCGUCCAAUGCUUUCAGAGUCUAGAACUGUAGACAUACUGAGAGACUGUUCGAAUUACGAACGCCAGAAUAGACUGAUAGUUGGUAGGAUGAACUCGUUGGAGCAUGCUCACGAGGGCCGCGUAAGGAAUACUAGUGAGUCUAGUACGAGCGGCGUGAGCAGUUGUGACUCGUUCCUCGGGAAAUAUGCUAUUCCUGAUAGAAUACUAACAUUGAGUCCAAUACCGAGUUCAUCAAGUUUAUAUGGUAUGAAAAGCAGCAGUAGCUCUCAUCGACCGAAGAUAUGUGAACUGCAACGACGGACAUCUACCUCAAGUUUUACCGGUCCAGAUGUUGCGAGUUCACCUCCGAGUCAAACGGAUAUCACAGGAUUUGCGACUUUGAAGUCCUUAAACAGACGGCCUCAUUUAUCUGAAAGUGCUGCAACUGGAUCAAGCGAAUUGGAUGAUUUGAAUUGGCUGCUAUCUGAAAGUAACAGAAGAUCGAAACCUUUCUCAUCAUUAAGAGAUAGAGCGAAAUCGACGAGAGAACGAAUGACUAAAUUAAGGUAAACAUUUUAAUUUCAUUUACUUAUUAACAACUAAUCUAUUUUAUUAUAAGUGUUUUGAUACACUACAGAACAGAUAAAAAUUGCUAUGAAAACUGUAUUAUUCUUAGAUGUAUGGAAAGUAUAGUUUUGCCUUUAUAAUAGGGAAAUAGAGUAUUUAUGGUCUCAAAUAACGUUUUGAG